AUAUAAAUAUAGUUAAACAGACAACAUGUUUGUAUGUCAUUUGCUAUGAUUCGGAUUUAUAAGAAAAUUUGAAAGUUUAGAUAGUGAGACAGUCAAACCAAUGGAUGUUUUCACUUGUACUGAGUGGUAUUUUACUUACUUUAAUAACAUUACUUGUGUUGUCAUGGUGGACAAAAUGGUUCAGUAAAAAAAGGUAUCCACAUGGCCCAUGGGGUUUUCCUAUUCUGGGGCACCUGCCUUUAUUAGGAGAAAAACCGGAGUUAAAGUAUUUGCAGUGGCGGGGAAAGUACGGAGAUAUUUUCAGUAUCCGCUUUGGUAGUUGGGAUACGAUAAUUGUAAAUGGAUAUGGAGCCAUUAAAGACGCAGCGGAACGGAAGGACGAUGCCUUUUCCGGGAGACCCGAAUUCGUUUCACAAAUUGCUAUCAAAGAAGCAUUUAAUGGUUUAGAAGCUGUAAGUUUUUGUAACUAUUCUCCGACGUAUCUUCAAGUCAGAAAACGGACAACAACGGCCGUACGAACAUAUAUCAAUAAGUGCGAUUAUCCUCCGAAUGAACUAUUUCGGGAAGAAGCUGAAAAAUUAACAGAAAAACUAUUGAGAUAUCCAUGUGAUGAGCCUGUAUCUUUAGAUUUAGAUAUUCAGUUGGCUGUAAUAGGUACGUUGUAUCAGAUGCUUUACGGCAGAGGAAAAGAAGAUGAAAUAAAACUACACUUGAACUUAAUCAUUGAAUCAUCGGACACGUUUACAAAAUUUGUCGAGUCUGGAAAUGUAGUUGAUGUUAUUCCUUGGUUACGACAUGUGAAAAAAAUGGAGGUAGACCAAUUCAAAAAAGCGUUAACAGCAACUUAUGGCAUCACAAAAUCGAAGAUUUCUGAACAUAGAACUUCAUACCAGAAUGGCCAAACACGAGAUAUUUUAGAUGCAUGAU